GCGGCCGCGCCGCCGCUGAGGCGCCGCCAUGGCCAAGAGCCGCGGGGGCGGCGGGCCCAGCUCGCCCGGCGGCCGCAGCCUGGCGGGCACCCGCGAGAGCCUCGCCGACCCCGGCGGCGACGAGCUCAGCUCGCUCGGCUCCGACUCCGAGAUCAACGGCGGCGGCCCCGAGGAGCGGCGCGUCGACAAGUUCGGGUUCAUCGUGGGCAGCCGCGGCGCCGAGGGGACGCUGGAGGAGGUCCCCUUAGAGGUGCUCCGACAACGGGAGUCCAAGUGGCUGGAUAUGCUCAACAACUGGGACAAAUGGAUGGCCAAGAAACACAAGAAG